CAGCUAAAAUAACAAAAUUCGGGAGUUCCAUUUUUGAAUAAAAAGAAAAAUGGGAAAUUGGAGAAGUAAAAAGCUUGAGAAAACCUCAAUUCUUGCGGUUUGCGUGCGCUAGGGUUUUUCUUGAUCUAGUUCACUGCUUCUUUUUUGUUCUUUGGAGUUUUCUCUGUGGUUUCUUUUGGCGUUUAGAUCUGAUCUGGAAUUGUGUUUGCUCGUUUGAUGGUUGGAUUUUGGAGCAGGAGUGGUUUAUUUUUCUGGAGUUUUGGUUUUAGGUUAUCGGGAUGAUUUCGUUGCAGAACGGACAUCGGGCUUCGCUUGGCGGCUCUGCUCACGAUGAUACUGGCUUCCAGGUGAAGCUUGAGCCGUCGUCUUCUUCGCUGAGUCUUGUUCCUUUUAAAGGCCGUGAUUCUAAUAAUGAAGUUGAUGAAGACACGCGCUUGUCCCUUGCCCAUCAAAUGUACAAGGCUGGCAACUAUAAACAGGCACUAGAGCAUAGCAAUACUGUUUAUGAGAGAAGUCCCAUGCGCACUGAUAAUCUUCUUCUUUUGGGUGCUAUAUAUUAUCAGUUGCAUGAUUAUGAUAUGUGCAUUGCAAAAAAUGAGGAAGCUCUUCGACUUGAGCCACGUUUUGCUGAGUGUUAUGGAAACAUGGCAAAUGCUUGGAAGGAAAAGGGUGAUAUUGAUCUUGCAAUUCGUUACUAUUUGGUUGCCAUUGAGCUGCGACCCAACUUUGUUGAUGCUUGGUCAAAUUUGGCUAGUGCAUACAUGCGAAAAGGAAGGCUUAAUGAGGCUGCACAGUGCUGUCGUCAAGCACUAGCAUUGAAUCCUUUAUUGGUUGAUGCUCAUAGCAACCUUGGUAAUCUAAUGAAAGCACAAGGAUUGUUGCAAGAAGCAUACGGUUGCUAUCUCGAGGUUUUACGCAUACAACCAACUUUUGCUAUUGCGUGGUCAAAUCUUGCUGGUCUCUUUUUGGAGUCUGGUGAUCUUAACAGAGCUCUUCAAUAUUAUAAGGAAGCUGUAAAACUCAAGCCCACAUUUCCUGAUGCCUACCUUAACCUUGGAAAUGUUUAUAGGGCCUUGGGAAUGCCCCAAGAGGCUAUUGUGUGCUACCAGCGAGCUGUUCAGACACGGCCAAAUUGUGCAGUCGCUUAUGGAAAUUUGGCCUGUACAUAUUAUGAGCGAGGGCAACUGGAUUUGGCAAUUCUUCAUUAUAAGCAAGCCAUCUCCUGUGAUGGGAGAUUUUUGGAGGCUUACAAUAAUUUGGGUAAUGCACUAAAAGAUGUGGGUAGAGUGGAUGAAGCAAUCCAAUGCUAUAGUCAAUGUCUUGCAUUGCAACCGACCCACCCACAAGCACUCACCAAUCUUGGGAACAUAUAUAUGGAAUGGAAUAUGGCAUCAACUGCUGCUUCAUAUUACAAGGCUACAUUGGCUGUCACAACAGGACUGUCUGCUCCUUUCAACAAUCUUGCAGUAAUCUAUAAACAACAGGGGAAUUAUGCAGAUGCUAUAUCUUGUUACAAUGAGGUUCUUCGGAUUGAUCCCUUGGCAGCUGAUGGACUUGUAAACAGGGGCAACACUUACAAGGAGAUUGGUAGAGUGAGUGAAGCAAUUCAGGAUUACAUUCGUGCUAUUACCGUCCGGCCAAAUAUGGCUGAAGCUCAUGCAAAUUUGGCUUCAGCUUAUAAAGACAGUGGACAUGUGGAGGUUGCUUUGAAGAGCUAUAGGCAGGCUUUGCAUCUUCGACCAGACUUCCCUGAAGCAACUUGCAACCUUCUACACACAUUACAGUGUGUCUGCAGUUGGGAGGAUCGUGAUAAGAUGUUCACUGAUGUUGAAGGGAUUAUCCGGAGGCAGAUUACUAUGUCUGUUCUUCCUAGUGUGCAGCCCUUUCAUGCUAUUGCAUAUCCCAUUGACCCAAUGCUGGCACUUGAUAUCAGCCGUAAGUAUGCAGCUCAUUGCUCCAUAAUUGCAUCGCGUUUUGGACUUCCUCCUUUCAGUCAUCCUCCACCAAUUCCCAUAAAGCGUGAUCGUGGUGAGAGACUUAGGAUUGGCUAUGUUAGCAGCGACUUUGGUAAUCACCCAUUGUCACACCUUAUGGGAUCUGUAUUUGGCAUGCACAACAGAGAGAAUGUUGAGGUUUUCUGCUAUGCAUUGAGUCCAAAUGAUGGUACGGAAUGGAGGCAACGUAUCCAUUCUGAAACUGAGCAUUUUGUAGAUGUCUCUGCCAUGUCGUCAGAUAUGAUUGCCAAACUAAUUAAUGAGGAUAAAAUACAGAUCCUUGUUAAUCUCAAUGGUUAUACCAAGGGUGCCAGAAAUGAAAUAUUUGCUAUGCAGCCUGCACCUAUACAGGUGUCGUAUAUGGGAUUUCCUGGGACCACUGGAGCGACAUAUAUUGAUUACUUGGUCACUGAUGAGUUUGUUUCACCUACACGUUACUCGCAUAUUUAUUCCGAAAAGCUUGUUCACAUGCCUCAUUGCUACUUUGUGAAUGAUUAUAAACAGAAAAAUCUGGAUGUUUUGGAUCCAACAUGCCAACACAAGCGAUCAGAUUAUGGUCUCCCUGAAGAUAAAUUUAUAUUUGCAUGCUUCAACCAGUUGUACAAGAUGGAUCCUGAAAUCUUUAAUACUUGGUGCAACAUUCUGAAACGUGUGCCCAAUGGUGCCCUUUGGCUCCUUAGGUUCCCAGCUGCAGGCGAAAUGAGACUUCGUUCAUAUGCUGUUGCACAAGGGCUGCAGCCAGAGCAAAUUAUUUUUACUGAUGUUGCCAUGAAACAUGAACAUAUCAGACGCAGUGCUUUAGCUGAUCUAUUCCUAGACACGCCAUUAUGUAAUGCACAUACAACUGGGACAGAUAUUUUAUGGGCAGGUUUACCUAUGGUAACACUGCCCCUUGAGAAAAUGGCUACAAGAGUUGCUGGAUCAUUGUGUCUUGCCACUGGACUUGGGGAGGAGAUGAUUGUUAGCAGUAUGAAGGAAUAUGAAGAGAGAGCAGUGUCUCUGGCUUUGAAUCAGCCAAAACUGCGGGCGCUUACCAAUAAACUGAAGGCCGUCCGUAUGACUUGCCCUCUGUUUGAUACUACACGCUGGGUUCGAAAUCUGGAGAGGGCAUAUUUCAAAAUGUGGAAUAUCCAUUGUUCGGGGCAGAAGCCCCAGCACUUUAAAGUGACGGAGAAGGACUCGGAGUUCCCUUGUGAUAGAUGAGAGAGGAGUGAAUAAACAGCAUUGUCGAUAAGAGCGAGAGAAAAAGAUGGUGUAUUUAGGAUGAUAUUGGUUAAGAUUGAAAUGGUCGUAGAGAGGUAUGUUUGCGGAUUUGACGAAUUGAGUUUUUACCUCUCUAUUGAGCCAAAUCAGUUGAGCGAAUUACGUGACAAAAUUCCCUCUGUGUAUAACAUUCCUUUCUGGUGCUUCUGAUUCA